CAAUAUACCAUAAUAUUAUAGAGUUCGAUGAAAAUGAGCUACAACUGUACUGAGGUAGGUUUGAGUUAUCAGUAAAUGCAGAUGUACACCGUAUUUUGGUUUUAUAUUAUCCCUGGUAUAAUGUUUGGGUUCUCCUACGAUUUUUUAGUUUUUUAUGGUUUCUGGAAUCUGUGUUUGGUGUUAUGUUUGAUAUUAGUCACAGACCACACUACCACAGGUUGUUUUAAAUGGGAAAUUGAUAAACGCUGUUAAUUUAAAUUUUAGAUUAUCUGAAAAAUUUUAAAUUACAUUAAUACAAUAAUACAAUCUUACAUCAUGAGUUAUUUAAGAGAAAACGGAAACACAUAGGUACAAUACAUUUUUUAAAGCCAUUGCGAAUUGCAAUAUUUACUAAACAUUUAAAUGAAUAACUAAAAGAAAGUCAAUUUCGUUCCAAGUCACCAGUCCAGAUGGCACUCAACAGUUUCUGCCAGUAACAGUCAACAGAUGUCCUGAGAUUAUGAAUGAUUGAAAAAGUUACUUAAAAGUUGGAUAUACCUACCGAAGAAAUAAUAGUUUGUUUAAAGGUAUCUUAGGGUAUACAGAAACAAAUUAUUUCCAUAUCAUAGUUUAAGAAGAACCUUGCUAUUUGCAGCUAUAACAGAUCACAAAUGUGUACAGUAACACUAUUACUAAUCAUAAACACAACAUCCAAUACUAACUAAAUUUAAGUUACAUAAAUCUAACAAAGUUUAUCAAGUUUUACCCAUUACAUGGAUAUUAUAUAAAAGUGGUAAAUUUUAGGUAGGUACUUGGUGUUCAUAUAUAGGUACUGAAAAUAUUAGUUUAGGAAAGAUUUAUUGGAGAAAAUAAUUAUUUCUAAAUGGAAAACCCAGUAGAAAACUUAAAUAAUUCCAAAAACAUGGUUGGAAAAUUAAAAAAUAAUGUUAUAGACAAGGCUGUGACUGAAAUUUCCACUUUAUUAUCUUUUGAAAACUCACAAACUGAAGAAUUAAAUUCAUCAAAUAAUAAUCAUGUUAAAAAUAUUCCAAUUGUAAAUAAGCCGGCUUUAGGUGAUGUAUGGAAUGUAUAUGUGUCAAAUAUAAAUUCAUUAAAAUAUUUUCAUGUACAGAACAUGGACAACUAUGAAUAUAUUCAAUCAAUCUGUUCAAAAUUGGAUAAAUAUGAUUCAACGUCGAAGAAGCUUCCAAAAGUAGGACAUUUAAUUGCUGCUCGCGAUCUCAAUGGUACAUGGUACAGAGCAAAAGUUCAAAGCAUAACGGAAUCGGGACUGAAUGUAUGCUUUAUUGAUUUCGGGAUUUCUAAAGUACUAGUUACAGUUUAUAAAGAUUUACCAAAAGAACUUGCCAGUAUAAAACCAAUGGCUUAUCAUUGUUAUUUUAAAAGUGUAUCAAAAGAAGAUGAAAAUAGAUUUUUAGAUCUAGAUUUAUUUGAUUCUAUUUAUAAAUACUACAGUUCUUAUAAAAUAACAGCAACUUUUUUAAGCAAUAAUGAUCCAUAUUUAGUUACAUUAUCACAUAACGGUAAAGAUGUUCUGGAUAUUUUAUACAAUUUACUUUGGGAUGGUAUUGUUCCUAGUAUAUCUGAUGAUCCAAUAAAUCAUGCAAAACUUAUAAUGCUGAAUAAAAUAUUUUCAAAAUCUAAGACAGGAGUUGUCAGUGUAGAACCCAUUUUUUCCAAUAAUCAUUUUUAUGUUGAAACCGAAUUUAGUUAUCAAAUUGGCAAAACUAUUACAACUGAAAUCAAAAAUCAGACAAAAUGGAUUCCAGUAUUACAUCCUGAAGAGGGUCAAAUAGUGAUUGCUAAAAAUACCAAUGAUUUAAAAUUAUAUCGGGCAAGAGUCGUAAAGAAAUAUGAAGAUUCUGAAGAGCAUAAAUGUUUUUUAAUCGAUUGCGCGACGUUCGAAAACUGUUUUGAAAUGUUUGAACCUACCGAUUAUCUACGAACAACACUUCCAGUCAAGAUACACUGUUCUUUAGAUAUAUCCAUUAAUUUUAGCGGUGAUAUACAAGAAAGCAUGAAUCUUGCUUUUAUUAAUGAAAUAGCCGAAAGCAAAGGCAAGUCAAAAAUCAUAAAAAUUAAAAAAAUUGGAAAUCCUUGUAUAAUAGACUUGGAGAUCAGUGAUUUAAAUAUCAUUCAAGUUAUUAAACCAUGCGAAGUGAGAGUGAUCAAUGAUAAACAUUUUAAUUCUUUUAAAGUUCGGUUAAAUUCUCCCGGAGUAAAAAAAAUCACAGAUGUUCUAAGAUCUACUAAAACAUUUUUUCCUAUUUCCAACCCAAAUAUUUUUCAACUAUAUGUUACUAAAAUUGACCAACAAUACAAGAGAGUAAAAUAUAUGGGUGAAAUUAAAGGAGGCUUUAAAGUAAUGUUAGUAGACGAAGUACCUAUUAAGAUAGUAGUCGAUCAACUAUAUGCAAUUCCUAAAUCAAUAGUAAAUGUAAAAACUACAGAUUUCUAUUGUUCUCUAGGACUAAAUAAAACUGAUUAUUCUAACAAAUUGUUUAUUGACAUUUGUAAUAAUGGCAACGUCAAAUUUAAAAUGGUUGUCAUUACAAAUGAUCAUAUAAAUGCUCAUAUUGUUAAACUUUUUUUAAAUUCUAAAGAUAUAAAAUCAAUGAUUUGUAACCAACCUUCAUAAUAUUGAACUGUUUUUUUUUUUGAACAUUAUUAUUAUUGUGAAUUAUAUAUAGAGGGUCAUUCACCAAUCAUGUUCACUCUAUUUUUUCCUUUAAUAAUGAAUUUUUUCAUAUUCUGAUUUUUUAAAUUUUUUAAGUAUACUCAGACAAUUUUUCCAAAUUCUUGAAUUUUUGUGUACUACUUUAGGAGUGUUCUAUGGCAUACAAACUUUUGCUAUUCAAAUGAGAGCCUGCCUUUUUUACUGUAAAUUAUUUAGUUGAUAAUUUUUUUGAAAGGUUUGAUGUAACUAAUUCAAAAUUUGAAUGAGUUGUUUCUUAGUUAUUAAAAUAUUUGUACUAAGGAUAAAAGUCCUUAAAAAUGGUUUUAAAAAAUAUACAAAAUAGACGUAAAAUUGGAUUCAGUUUUUAUUACAUUUGGGCUAUUUUUACAAAUUUGGAAUUAUUAAUAUUAAUGACUAAAAUUGUCAAAUCACCAUAGUCCCUAUAUCUUAUAAGCCCAUUACCUACAGUGGGCAUUUUAUCCUUAGAGCACAAAGUUAAAUAACUCAAAAACUACUCGUACAAAUUUUGAUUCUGAUAGGUACUUCAAAUUUUUCUGAAAAACUAUCCACUGAAUAAUUUACAGUUGAAAAGGGGGUUCUCAUUUAAAAAAAAGAAGUUUGUAUCUCCACAGGACACUCCUUAAAGAGUAAAAAAAAUGUCAAUAAUGUGAACAUAAUAUAAACAUUCCAAAAAUUGGAUUUUGAAUAACUGCAUUAUUGAAGAAAAAAAAGGGGGUUAGCUUGCUUGGUGAAUCACCCUGUAUAACUGUCACUAACUUGUAACGAUUUUUGCAUAUCAUACCACAUGAUUAUGUACAGUCUCUUAUGGAUUCUUAAGUCUUUCAAAAUUGUUCGACUUUAUGGCGGGUCCACACAGAGUCUGGUUUAUUUUUCUUUGUGUUUUUAAACAAUUUUUGUGUUGGGAAAAGUUAAGUUUUGUAAUCUUACCCAGUUUAGACCUAGCAUUAUAUGAUAUUAUUGUGUAUUGUAUUAUAAUUAUGUAAAAUGUAAUAUUUUGUAUACCAAAAAUCUGUGUUGUGAUAAAAAAUAAAAAAAUAAUAUAAAUGUUUA